UCUAUGACAUUUGUACUGCUUUACUGGUGUUUUCGUAAUAUGAUGGCACGCGAAUAAAAAAACAGGAGGAAAAAUACAAAAUAUAUUACAGAAUUUACGAAGUUUUUAGAAAAAUUACAUAAAAUAUACUAAUUAAAUAAUAUGGCUUCAUUGACACGUUUGUUAGAGCGUAAUCUACGCCCCGGAAAUGCAUCCAAGCCUUUGCGAUUACUCAGCGCACAAACCUCUACAGCCGGUAAUGAGGAAAAUAUGGAAGAUGAAGAAUUUCGUGUUCUUAACCUACAUGCCACCCAACAGCGUCAAUUGAAGAGAAGGGAAUAUAAAAAGCCUGAUGUUAUGCCACCGCGCGCCUUAAAAAUGGCUACAGAUCAAGAUUGGACUGCUGUCUGGCCGGGACCACGUUCAUUCCAUCCCGCCUCAGUGCCCCUACCUAUACGCCAAGGUUUUACAGAAAAGGGUGCCGCACCACCUUCGAAAUACGCCAAUGCUGAAUUGAUGAAAAUACCUAAUUUUCUACAUUUAACACCCCCGGCCAUUAAACAGCAAUGCGAAGCUUUAAAAAAGUUUUGUACUCCUUGGCCUAAAGGUUUGGAAACUGAGGAAAAAUGGAAACGUCAUUUCCCUGUAGACGUUGUUAAUACCGAUUACUGUCAAGCCAUACCAACCAUUCGUAAUCCUGAGGCUCGACGUGUUACUCUAUCUUUAAAACUGUCGGAACUCCAGUUUGAUGCGCAUGCCAAAGAUAAAUUUUUGCGUUUAGUGGGUGAUCGUUAUAAUCGUGAAACAGAUGUUUUAACAAUUGUGGCCGAUCGUUGUCCUUUGCGUAAGCAGAACUAUGAAUAUGCCAUGUAUCUUUUAACUGCUUGUUAUCACGAAUCCUUUGUUACUGAACCUUGGGAAAGUACAAAAUCGGAAGCUGAUAUGGAGUAUUACAAAUAUGAACGUAACAAAUCAAAGGAAUCUGUUGAGUCAAUACUCAAUUGGGGUAAAGAAUCGGCAGAAGGUGCUAAAUUACAAGCCAGCGAAGGCUUUGUUCAAAGUGUUGAGCAAUUGAUAAAUGAAGGUGAAAAUGAGUACAACUUGAAUAAGUACAAAGAAGAAGUUAUCCAAAUGCUUGGCGUUAAAAAAAGUAGCAAUUAAAUCAUUUAUAUUUAAAAUGCUUUGUUAAUGAUGCUAAAAGUAAAAAUAAAUGUUAAGAAGUAAAUUUCGAUAAAAUAA